AUGGUAUUAGACAAACGAGUACUGAUUAUUGCCAGUGGUAGUGCCAUGACUUUGGCUUGCAUACUCUUUAUUGUUGGCAAUGCUUUACCGUCGUGGAGCUCAGCAAAACUUGAUUCAGCACAGAUUAAUUUACUAUACAACAUGUUAACACAGUAUGAUAUUUCAGUGAAAGAUCAAACAACAUCAGAUGAAACUCAAGUGACGAUUGGUCUAUGGCGAGGUUGUGCUUCAAUCCUACAGUUAACGGCAUGCAGUAAUCUUCUCUCGUCGUGCACGUUACGAAAUGGCGAAUCAUUGCCUUUAUGCCAGAAAAUGAUGGCGGCACGAGCAUUUGUCACCAUCGCUUGUAUUAUAUCAGGAGCAUCAGCCGUAUGUCUCUUCGCAUAUAUACUACAAAGUAUAAAUAAGUAUCAGAAGGUGCUUAUCAUAAGCAAGAUUCUUACAUUUAGUUCUUUAGUAACGGGUGUUAUUGGUAUUGCAUUAGGUAUCGUUUUUGCUACUGAUAAUGGCGGACUUCCGAUAAAGAAAUCGGUGAGUGUGGGCGCGAUAUUAACUAUACUGGCUGUGGCUAUGAAUUUGAUUGGUGCUGUUUUAUCACUGCUAGUUCGCUAA